AUGUGUCUUUGCGAUUCUCGCAGUCUUUACUUAUGUAAUGCCUUUGUUUACACAGGCAAAGAGACAACAAAUGAUAAAACUUUAUCAAUUCCAACAAAAGAUGUUCUCAAACUUAUUACACCGAUUCAAGGGACUAAUAGAAACAUUACGGUUGACAACUGGUUCAUGUCACUUGAGCUAUGUGAAGAAAUGAAAAAGAAAAACUUGACCGUUUUAGGCACUAUGAAGCAAAAUAAGCCACAAAUUCCGGCAGAGUUCAAGCCACAGAGUAAACGUCUUGUUCAUUCAACUUUAUUUGGACACAAUCAAGAAAAGACUCUUUGUUCAUACGUACCUCGCAAAAAUCGUGCGGUCGUGCUUCUUUCAACAAUGCACCAAGAUCAAAAGAUCAACAAAGAAAAUAAAAAGCCAGAUAUAAUUACAGAUUACAACAACACAAAGGCAGGUGUAGAUGCAUUAGAUCAGCUAUGUGCUAACUACUCGGUUUCGCGUCGAACUCGCAGAUGGCCAAUGAUUAUUUUUUACGCCAUAUUGAACAUAGCAGGCGUCAACGCUGCAGUUAUUCUACACUGUAAUACAAAAAUUGACCCGGUUGAUCAACUAAUAAGAAGACAAUUGCUGAAAAAACUUGGAAUGGCUUUGGUAAAGCCUCACAUUGAACGUCGUGAUGUUCGACCUCUUUCACGGGAAUUGAGAGAAAUUGUAGUACAACAUGGUGGGACACCACUUUCUUCGACCCCUUCCGAUACAGAACCGACAAGGAAAUCAAGAUGCUAUGUUUGCCCACGACAGGCAGACAAAAAGACAAAAAUGGUGUGCGAAAAAUGCAAAAAGCAUAUCUGCCUCAGCCACCGCUAUUCAGUUUGCCAAAAUUGUUUAUAA